GACAAGAUGAUGCACUUACUGUUGCUUCUCCUGGGAGUUUUCCAAAUUCAUGCUGCCUCUGAGACGGUGAACUCUACGGGGUCUGUGGAUGAAUCGGGGGUCUGUCAGUGCUCGGUGAUCUUACCAGAUACAAGCUUUCCAACAUAUCGGAUGGAAAUCCUGGAAUCAUCCAAUUAUAACCUAAGUAUCAGCGUCCAGCAGGAAAUAACCAAGAUACAAAACUACCAGGUCACUUUGACAGGUUACCUUGAGAAGCUGAAGAACCUGACCAAAAGAGUAGAAGUGGUGGAGAUGGGAGGUAUCUCAAUUACAGAGCUGGACUUUGAACUACUGAAGCUGGAGAUUAGAGAGAUGGAAUCAUUGGUUGUGCAGCUUAGGGAAUCCAUCAAUGGGUCUAAUGUCUUAAUAGAAACCCUCUUUGUAGAGAUCCGUAAUAUUUCAAUCAUGGUCAACCAGCUGGAAUCAUAUGACAAGAAUAAUGUGCUGGCUAUAAGACGGGAAAUAACUUCCCUGAAAAAACGCCUGGAAGAUUGUGAGAAGAGCCAAGGUGUCCCUGUUCCUCCUACAGUCAGCUACGGUAAAUGUACACAUGGAGGGAUUGCAAACAUCAGCAAACCCUUUGUGGUUCAACUGAACUGGUUAGGAUUUGACUAUAGAUUUGGAGGUUGGGGAAAAGACUCAUUAUUGGGUGCCAAUCAAGAUGUGCACUGGGUGACCCCUCUAAACACAGAUGCAAGGAUGAUGAACACCCUACGUUUCUACCCAUCAUAUGAUGACCUCCUUCUCUACAAGAGACAAACAGAAAGGGUGCUCGCUGUGCAACAGCGUUACAUUGACUACUCAAAUUGUGGACAAGGUGGUGGGAUGAUUAUGUUUAACGAUUCAUUGUACUACAAUUGUUACAACAGCAGGGACCUUUGUAAGUUCAAUAGAGAAACCACUGCUGUAGAACGUAAAACUCUGACUGACGCUGCCUUCAACAACCGGUUCUCAUAUGCCUCUUCUCUGUGGCAGGACAUUGACCUGGCCAGUGAUGAGGAUGGUCUUUGGGUCAUUUACUCAACAGAAAAAAAAUCUGGAAAUAUUUUAAUCAGCAAACUCAAUGCCACUUCCAUGACUAUAGAAAACACCUGGACCACAUCUCAUUACAAGCUUGGAGUAACCAAUGCCUUCAUGGUAUGUGGAGUCAUGUAUGCCACAAGGACCCUCAGCACAAGGAGAGAAGAAAUCUUCUACAUGUACAACACCAAAACUGGCCAGGAAGGACAGAUGAGUGUAGCUUUUGACAAAAUGAUGGAGAAUGUGCAGAGUCUCUCAUAUAAUCCGAAUGACCACAAACUCUACAUGUACAAUGAUGGUUAUCUGGUCACUUAUGACCUUAACUUUAAACCAUUGCCAGGCCAGGCAUAA